UCCUCAAUCAUCGACCAACCCAAUCAGCCCACCUUCUCAACUCACCCUUCGGCCGUUUGCCACCACUCUCUCAGCUCAUCAGUCAUCACCCUCCUCUUUGCCUCCUUUUAACUUCUCUCUCUCUCUCUCUCCUCUCUCUCUCCCCUCACGUCCCCCUCUACAUGCUUUACCAAUCCCAAUGGGCAACCUCUGCGCCAUCCUCGCACCCAAACCCGCCAAGCGAAAGCCCAUAAAGCGCCUACCCAACCCGCCGGCGCAACCCAAUUCCAGCAACCGCUGGACCCGUGUCCGAUCCUCCCGGAAAGAGAAGCUCGACGACGCUCUAAUCCAGGAACAAGCUCUCGCCGCCGCAAUUCUGUUCCAGCAGCACCAGCAGAACGGCUCUCUGCCCUUUGAUCGCUCCGCCUCCCUCCGCUACCCCAAUUCCACUUCCAAGAAGGGCAGCAAUGCCCUGCCCCGCAGCUCCAGCUCCCGCGCCAGGUCCCUCACCGACCCCCUCCUCCAGCCCCACCAGCUUGUCAAUCAGGACGUUAAACUUGAUGAUCUAGAAACCAACCAUUUUGUCCUUGUACAUGGAGGUGGCUUUGGUGCUUGGUGUUGGUAUAAAACCAUUGCACUUCUAGAGGAGGGUGGUUUUAAGGUUACUGCCGUAGACUUGACCGGCUCUGGUAUUCAUUCAUCUGAUACAAACAGCGUUACAAGUCUUUCACAAUACGUGAAGCCUCUUUCUGAUUUUCUCGAAAAACUUCCGGAGGGGAAGAAGGUAAUAUUGGCGGGUCAUGAUUUCGGUGGUGCAUGUGUAUCAUAUGCAAUGGAGUUGUUUCCGGAUAAAGUCGCAAAGGCCAUUUUUAUUGCUGCGGCAAUGUUAAAGAACGGACAAAGUACUCUUGAAAUGUUCUCCCAACAGGCAAGUUCAGACGAUCUUAUGCGCCAAGCCCAAGUAUUUUUGUACGCAAAUGGGAAUGAUCGGCCUCCAACUGCUAUUGAUCUUGAUAAAUCGUUGUUGAAGGAUUUGUUAUUUAACCAAAGUCCUGCCAAGGAUGUCGCAUUGGCAUCCGUCUCUAUGAGGCCAAUUCCAUUUGCCCCGGUUCUGGAGAAGCUCUCAUUAUCCAACUUGAAAUAUGGUUCGGUGAGGCGGUUCUAUAUAGAAACAUCUGAAGACAAUGCCAUACCCACCACAGUCCAGGAGAGCAUGAUAAAAGAAAGCCCUCCCGAACAGGUCCUUCGCUUGAAAGGCGCUGAUCACUCACUUUUCUCAAAGCCUCAAGCCCUGCACAAGUUAUUGGUGGAGAUUUCAAAGAUUUCUACAUAGAGACACCACCUUUUUCCUGCUGGGUGUCGUCUAUAAAGCUGUUCUUUCUUGAUCUCCGCUGGCAUAUGAUUGAAAUGCCGCCGGAAUCAUCCGUAAUUUAUGCAGUUCAAUUAGAUAAGAUAUCGAGUUAAGCAUGUAAAUAAACAUAGCUAUAGGAUAAAAGUUGUGUUUGUUCGUUUUAUGAGACAUGUUCACAAAAAGAUGUCGAGCUCGUUCUGAAGUGCUUUUAAAAUGGUUGAAAGCGCUUCUGGCGAAAAUGUUUUCGGAACCAAUCCUUAGUAAAAAUGCAAGUGAAUCUUGGAAAAACAUUUAAAGUGCUUGGAAUCCAAAAUCAUUUUUGCUAAAAGCAAUUUCAGUUAUUUUAAAAUCACUUCCAAAUGAGUUCGUAUUUUUGAGGUAAUUUUUCCGAUCAAAUGCAAUUUCGUCACUG